UGGUGCUGGAUCUCAAUGUCGAGUCGCCGGCGGACUCCGGCACGUCCAGCUCGUCCGUGCUCAACUCCGCGGACGCCGGCGGCUUCCGGUUCGGCCUGCUCGGGAGCCCCGAUGACGACGACUGGUCCGGCGAGCCGGCGCCGGCCGCGUCCGGGUUCGUGACGAGGCAGCUCUUCCCCGCGUCGCCGCCCGCGCCCGGGAUGAUGAUGGGGCAGCAGGCCCCGGCGCCGCCGAUGGCCCCCGUGUGGCAGCCGCGCCGCGCCGAGGAGCUGGUCGCGGCGCAGCGGGUGGCGCCCGCGAAGAAGACGCGGCGCGGGCCGAGGUCGCGGAGCUCGCAGUACAGUGGUAGUCAGUGCGCCGGAUAAUAUAUGGGUGGUUUGUCCGAUGGUUGAUAUCCUGUGGGUGGUGGUGGUGCUUUUUGCCAGAUGAGGAACUGGACCAAGGAGGAGUUCGUGCACAUCCUCCGCCGCCAGAGCACGGGGUUCGCCAGGGGGAGCUCCAAGUACCGCGGCGUCACGCUCCACAAGUGCGGCCGCUGGGAGGCAAGGAUGGGCCAGCUGCUCGGCAAGAAGUGCAGGUGCAGGAGAGGCCGAUGGAGGCAAGGCCCCCUGAGCCGCCGUCGUGCUUCCCCGGCUGGGGGUGGCAAGCGCAAGCCACGCCGCCGGGCUCCUCCCACUCGCCGUUGCUUUACGCUGCAGCAUCAUCAGGAUUCUCUACCGCCGCCGGCGCGCACCCCGCCCCGCCGCCGCCGUCGUACCCGGAUCACCACCGGUUCUACUUCCCCCGCCCGCCGGACAACUAGCUCUCUCUCUCUCUCUCUGCUUGCUCGGCCACGGACGGUGGCCGACGCGCGUGUGUGUUGGAGGUGCUCGCGCCUCAUCGGUAGCCGUUGUUGUGAAUUAAUCGGAGUGUGACUGGCCCAGGCUGGUUCCUCUCCGCGUCGCCGUGAUCAGGAUCACGAGCAUCGUGGCUGCUCGUUAUUCGAUUCUCAUGUAUCCAUUGCUCAAGUUUCCCAAACAGACUCUUGAAAAAACUUGGAAAUUGUUGAUGGCAAGUUCAUGCAUGCAUGGGUCACAUUGCGCCCUUGCCGAAGAGCGACGUCUGUUGUUUUACCGUUGGUGCGUUAACCGUUGGGCUUUUCUGACCGAGGACGAGCGGUGAUUGACAGGUGGGGCCUACGCGGACGCGACGGGUGGGCAGUGAGGAGGCAGCGAGCGACUGGGUGAGGUGAGGUGAGGUGAGUAGGCCGGGGUAGGCGGUCAGUGAUUGUUCGUUGCCAUCCUCCAUUCGGGGAGCGACCUCCGAUUGAUGGGCCGUAACCGCAGCUGGAGUCGUGUCACUUUUAGCCAAUCCCCUUCAUUAUUUUUUUCCCUUUUCCCUUCCUCUUCACUUCAAUCCCGCACAGUGAAGUGAAAGCCUUUGAGGCUGUUCGGGUGUGCCCUUGUGGCGCUAGCCAGCUAUCUUUGCCACCCACCCACCCAUCCAACCAUCCAUCCACAAUAGCAAAGCUAGUAGUACUGGUACUGUGCCAGUAGUACGCUGUAGCGCGUGGGGGCGCUCUCGCUCUGGCUGGCCGUGCAGCACACUACCUACAGUGGAGCAGAGCAGUAGCCCAGCCGGAGCGGCUUCUCGUCCGUUGCCCCCAAUGGCGCCGCGCCGUGUGUGCAGCCGCGCCAGAGCAUGCAUGCGUCACUCCCUCCGCGGCGCUGCUGCAUGCACAGAGCGAUCCCCACCCUCCUUUGGCGACUCGUGCGUCGCCUCGGUCGCCGCGAACUGCACUGCACACUCUGCAGCUCAGCUCAGCUCCUACCUCUGCAACACAACAUAGGUGGUGCCUGUGCUUGAGUGGACAAAAUUACUGUUAUGACCUCUCUGGCUAACAAAAUCCCGAUUUGACCUCGCUUUGGAAAAAAAUUCAUUUCUGACCUUUUUAGGUGACGCCAACAUCCCUGGCGUCUGGGUUGCGAAGCAGACGCCACAAACCCUGGCGUCUGGCCCCUGGCCCGCACUGCCCGCCUGCCCGUUGACCCGCUGACGUGGCAAAGGGACCAGACGCCAAGGACCCUGGCGUCUGGCCCUGGUAGGUUUACACCACGCGCGGGCCCAGCCCACCCAUCCCCAACCUCUCCCUGGCGGCGGCCGAACGCAAGAACAGAGGAAACUUUUCUCUCGCCCCUCUUCUCCCUCACACCAAAUCCCCCCUUGAUCUACUCCAUCCUCCACCCAAAUUUGUGGAUCUGAGGCCCCCAAACAUCCUUGAGGUAUUCUCCUCCAUUCCCUCCAAUUUGUUUUGAUUAGAACAUCUCUUUUUGGUUGCAUUAUUCAUCAUUGGGAGAUGUUAGAUGAGUACUUGUUGUUUUUGUUUUAGUAAAUUUUGUGUAGUUGUUAGAUGGUAUAGUUGAUUUGUAGAUAGUAGAUGAUGUGUUGUUGAAUAUGUAUGCAAUUUGAAAUUGUUUGGUUCAUAUGUAGAUUAUCCUAUUGGCUUUUUUUUUUGCAAAAGAGAUGAUGAAAUUGAUGGUUGUAUGUGACAUGAUUUGUUCCACAGAUUGGAUUGUAUAAAUUAGAUGUUAUGUAUUUGCAUAUGUUUUUAAUAUUAGUGUUUUAAGGGAGAGAGAGAUGUUGCAUAUGAUAAAAUUGUGCAUAUGGUUAUGUGACACCAUAUUGUUUGAGAAUUUUAUUUGAUUGAAAGAUGAUGUGCGUAUAUUUGAGAAGAUGAUGUAUGCAUGUGCUAGUAAAUUAGCUAUAUGUUGAAUAUAUAGAUGGCAUAAUAUUUGUUUGAAUCUGAAAAGACUACUUUGGCAAGCAAAUAUAUUUACAAAAAAUAUUAUAUGUGUGAAGUGGUAUGACAAUAUAGUUGAAUAUAUAGAUGGCAAAGUUUUUUUUGCAAAGAGAUGAUGAAAUUUGAUGAUUGUGUGUGCCAUGAUUUGUUCAAUAGAAUGGCGGAUGAUGAUUAUGAAUUUUAUUUGAUGGUGAAAUUUGGUACUCUAGAUGAUAUGUGUGCAUAUGUAGAAGAAAGAAAUGAUGUGGUUAUGUGUGAGAAGAAUGGUGUUUUUAUAUGGCAUAACUUGAAGAAGGAAAUAGUAUUGUUUGAUAUUGUUCAUGUAUUCAUAGAUGUUUGUGAUUUUUUUUUUCUAGGAUGGCGGAUGAUGAUGGAUCUUGGUAUGACGGAUUAAUCGAUGAGUGGGAUAAGGAGCAUCGUGCUCGUGCCAUUGAGAAGGGAGAUCUUGUAGUUGCUAUGCGCAUGAGGGGUCAUUCCGCUGAUGACUUUACUUACGACCCGCGGUACGAGCCUUACGUUCGGAGAUUGGGUCUUCUCCCAUUCGUGUUGCAGUUUAAGCGACGCGCUCCGCCGGUGAACCACGCAGCGCUGACCGCACUUGUGGAUCGUUGGAGGCCGGAGACUCACUCGUUCCACCUUCCAUGUGGGGAGAUGACGAUGACCCUACAGGACAUGGCUAUGAUAAGCGGCCUUCCUAUCAACGGACAAGCUGUUACCGGUCGUGUGAGCGUUGGUAAUUGGCGAGAACGGACUGGCAUUUUAAUUGGUGUUGAGCCCGACGGCCCUCAGGAAGGCAAGGCCGAUACCGCAAGAGUGAGGCAUUCCUGGCUAAAACUGGUCAGAGGAAACACCAAUCCGUGCCCUCAGGGUGCCAAUGAUGUGGUUGUGCAGCAGUACACGCGGGCCUAUCUUUGGUAUGUACUAACCAAGGUAGUCUUCUCAGAUGCAACAGGGAACUCAGCCCUCUGGAUGUUCUUGGAGCUACUCAAUAACUGGGAUACCCAGUAUAGCUGGGGUUCGGCCGCACUAGCAUAUUUGUAUCGCCAGCUUGACUUGGCGUGUCGGAGGAAGGGAGAUACAUCCUCAUUGUCUGGGUUUGUUUGGAGUCUAUCCGUGUGGAUGUGGGAGAGGAUCCCGGUAGGACGGCCCGAUUUCAAGAACCCCCUCAUGGCAAACCCACGGGGUAAUCAUGACGGGUUGCAUGAUGAUGAUCCCUAUCGGCGCCCUACGCUUGCUUACUAUUGGGAACAAGUGACGGUCUACACAGGAAGCUCGCAUGUGCGAUACAAGUGCUAUAUGAACGAGCUGGACACCUUGACUGCUGAGCAGGUAUAUUGGUUGCCUUAUGUGGAAGAUCGUGACUUUGAUCUUAAUGAGAUGUGCACGCGUGAUAGCCAUCUUUGGCGGGCGAGGUGCCCAAUGAUAUGCUUCUUCGCAGUUGAGUGGCACUUUGUAGACCGUGUGGCAAGACAAUUUGGAAGAAGACAAGGUAUUCCAAUUGAGGAGAGCAAGGAGGAAAUUCUAUCUCUGCAUCGGUUCGAUCGAAGGAACAAUCAGGAUAUAUCGGAUUGGGCAAACAAACACCGUGCGUGGAUAGAAAUUUGGAAUCAAAGAGACACGUUAGUGCAAUCAGAGAAUAGACCUCACAAUCAGUCAGCAUAUCAGAAGUACCAAGUGUGGUAUGCGGAUCGUUACCGGUUAAAGCUGAAGCCUGGUUGGACUCAUGAGGAGUGGUCGGAGUUGGUGUCUGAAGACCCGGAGACUGCACAAGGUUAUCAAACCUUCAACAUGGCUGUGAGAGACACCAGAGGGGCUCACGUUGACUAUGCACCGAUGCAUGAUGAAAUGGGCAGAGAGUUGCUUCUGUGCGUCAACGAUGCCAAUGUUGCACUGAGUCAUCCACCUGGUGGUGCAUUAUCUGAGAGGACUCUUAGGAGCACGAUGGAGAAGUUCAAGAAGCUGUUUCAUAAGAUGGCAGCAAUGCUUUCUUGCCAUGGUGCUCAGUCCAGUGACGUGUAUGCACCUGGUAGCCGCGCCACCACAGCUAAUAGACGGCGUUAUCUACAGAACAAUGAGGACAUGGAGGAGGAGUUCCAUGAAGAGGAGCCAUCACAUCAAGAGGAGCCAACACAUCAUGAGGAGCAUGAGUAUGAUGCAACACAUGAAUAGGAUCAUGAGUAUGAUGUUGAUGCUCCACAACCAUCACAGGCUACACAACCAACACAAGGCAAUGCUCCACAACCAUCUAGGAAAGGCAAAGCCAUAGCUAAGAGACCGGGCAAGAAAGGUAGAAAGAAGACAUGGAACACACAAUUCCAUAGUCCGGAGUAUCCUCAUAAGCUUAUUCCAAUAGGAAUGCAAAGAUAUAAGGCCAACACUGAGGCGGAGAAGGAGGCAUACAACGAAGAGGAGGAGGACGAGACUAGCGAAGAGGAGGAGCCUACACUUGCAACCAUGGUGAAGAGAGGAAGGAGGAAGUGAGCUUCUUGUUCCGGUUUGGCCCGCUCCAGCGAGGGAGAGGCGAUGACGGUGGCGCGCAUUUGGUGUCUUAUGUGCUAUCUUCUGUGUUCUAUGAACCUGUCAUACUAUUAUGAAUUCUGUGAACCUGUGUAUGCAAGAAGUGAGCUUGUUGUAGUUUGUUUCAAUGAGCUUGUUCUAGUUUGUUUCGAUGAACUUGGUGUAGUCUCUUUCCAUGAACUCGUUUAA